AUGCAGGGAAUUUUUGAAAAGUCUGCCAGUGCGCACAUCGAUCCCGAAACAGCUUCGCUUCCGAACGGCUUUCAAUCUUCCAAAGAUGAUGGCCACUGUCCCUUUGUUUCUGCUGGCCCUUCUGGAGCAUCCCACGGUGAUUGCUUUCAGAAAGGCCAAAGUCUAUCUUCCUCCACGAUCGCUUCUACAAACCUCGCCAACAUCUCAGCACAAGCCACUCCCAACUCAGCAGCCGGCAGUAGUCGAUUGCUCCAUCUGCCUAGUGGUCCGGCUGGUCCACGGUCUGGAUCCGGCUCCGGCUUUUCUAACGCCGCUGCUGUAGGCAGUCUAGCAAUCAGUGCUAACAGUGGCCAGCCAAUUACUAGCUUGGCCCCAGGCCGACAUUCUCAGACUUCUUCGAACUUCGUCCACCGGACCAGCUCAAGCCUCACGAGUCGAACGGAGUUUGCUACUAAAUGA